AUGAGUUUCCUGGACGCCAGGGAGCAUGGCGCCAAGCCGGGAUCCGGCGGCGUCGCCUCAGCCCAGCAGGAGGCGAUUGAUCGAAGGGAACGGCUUCGAAGGUUGGCACUGGAGACGAUCGACCUGGCAAAGGACCCCUACUUCAUGAGGAACCACCUGGGUCAGAUCGAAUGCCGACUCUGUCUGACACUGCACAACAACGAAGGAAACUACUUGGCGCACACACAGGGAAAGAGACAUCAACAGAAUCUUGCGAAACGUGCUGCAAGAGAAGCUGCUGAGAAGCCCGUGCAGCCUCAAGCCCAGAAACGAAUGCAGCCCAGAAAAACAGUGAAGAUUGGUCGGCCUGGCUACAGGGUCACCAAGCAGUAUGAUCCUGAGACACAGCAGCGAUCGUUGAUGUUCCAGGUAGAGUACCCUGAGAUUGAGGAAGAUUUCAAACCCCGCCACAGGUUCAUGUCUGCCUACGAGCAGAAGGUCGAGGCCGCAGACAAGAAAUACCAAUACCUGCUGUUUGCUGCGGAGCCCUAUGAGGUGAUAGCCUUCAAGAUACCCAACCUGGAGGUGCAGAAAUCCGAAUCUGAUGCCAAAUUCUUCACGAACUGGGAUCCGGACAGCAAGAUCUACUCCCUGCAAUUACACUUCAAAGCUAUGGGGACUAAAGGACCCGCCCCUGCUGGACCUGCCACCAUGCCAAACGGUGUCCCACCACCUCCUGUGCCUCCUUCCAUUCGGCCACCGCCACCUCCCGUGCCUGUCGGAGCUCCCCAGUUUCCGCCAAGGCCCACCCAUCCACCAGUGUUGCCACCGAUGGGUCGGCCGCCCCCGCCCAUGGCCACCCCACAGCCCUUUGGGGCCCCUCAACGCCCCGAGGGGAUCCCACCGCCGCCCAUGCCUAUGGGUAUGCGGCCCCCGCCUCCCCAGAUGGGCGGCCCCCCGCCGCGACUCAUGCAGCCAGGCGGUCCAGGGCUGCGUCCGCCUAUUGGAGGGCCGCCUCCCAUGCGCCCACCCAUGAGGCCCCCGGUGCAGCAAUGA